GGGAGCCGCGGGAACAUGGCGGCGGCCGGGCCGGAGCGCGAGGAGGCGGCGGCGGAGCCCGAGGAGCCGGGGCUGGUCCCCGCGGCGGCUCCGCAGCCCCCGCCCGAGGCCCCCCCAGCGGCCGAGGCGCCGGAGCAGCCCGAGCCCCCGGAACCCCCGGAGCCCCUGGAGCCCCUGGAGGCCGACGAGGUGGCGCGGAGGCUGCAGAGGACCCGACGCGAGCUGGGCAACCGCAGGAAGGUGCUGCUGCGGAACCUGCCGCCCGACACGCACAGCCAGGAGGUUCAUGAUUUGCUGAAAGACUAUGAAUUAAAGUACUGUUAUGUGGACAGGAACAAAAGGACAGCCUUUGUUACCUUAUUGGAUGGGGAGCAAGCCCAAAAUGCCAUCCAGACAUUUCACCAAUAUUCUCUCCGUGGAAAAGAGAUAACCGUGCAGCUCCAGCCCACGGAUGCUUUGCUCUGCGUCACCAACCUGCCCCCUUCUUUUACGAUCGAAGAAUUUGAGGAACUGGUUCGGACAUUUGGCAACAUCGAGAGGUGCUUUUUGGUGUACAAUGAAACCACGGGCCAUUCCAAGGGCUACGGAUUUGUGGAGUACAUGAAAAAAGACUCUGCCGCCAAGGCGAGGUCAGAACUGUUGGGUAAACAAUUAGGAGGAUUCACUCUCUUUGCACAGUGGAUGGAUGUGAAUCAGCUGGCCACCGAUCUCAUUCAUUCUAAGUGCCUAUGCAUCGAUAAACUCCCCAGGGACUUCACGGACUCCCAAGAGCUCUUGCAGAUUUUCUCCGUUAGUCAUAAGCCUGUAUUUGGUCAGUUGGCACAGGAUGAAGGGAACUAUGCAGGCGGGUUUGCAGUGGUUGAAUACGACACUGCAGAACACGCUGAAGAUGUCCAGCAGGUGGCUGACGGGAUGACGAUCAAGGGAAACAAAGUCCAGGUGUCCUUCUGCGCCCCCGGAGCAUCCGGACGAAGUACUUUAGCGGCGCUGAUCGCCGCACAGCGAAUGAUGCGCAAUAAUCGGAAGGGUUUACUUCCAGAGCCAAAUCCAGUUCAGAUCAUGAAGAGUUUAAACAACCCCGCCAUGUUGCAGAUUUUGCUGCAACCACAGUUACAUGGACACGCUGCAGUUCUUGGAGCUCCUCCCAGUUUACCCCAUCUGGUGAACCCCUCCAUCACCCCUGCAUUUUUGCAGCUGAAUAAAAUACACCAGCAGAAUUCAGUUAUGAGCAAUACCUCUCGUUUAUUGCUUCAGAAUCUCUCUUACUUACAACUGGCCCAGCAGCAGCUGAUGAAGAUAGAGAAUAUUCAUACAAACAGCAAACCUGGAUUACUGGGUGAAGCCCCCCCCAUGGUCCUUCAGACGGCACUAGGAGCUGGGGCAGCAUCGUCACUCAAGUCAGAGUUGGGGCCUCGGGGAGAAGAACAUAAAACAGGAGCAGGGAUCUUGCCGUUCCUUACAAAUCAGCAUGUGGCUGGCCAAGGUGGGCCGGGGCCAAGUACUUCUCAGGACAAACCAUCGGCCACAUUGGGAUCGACAGAAGGAACCGUCUCAGGGCCGCAGACUUAUCUUCCAGGGUUUACAAAUCCUGCUGCUGGAGCUCUGGGGACGGGUCAGCCCAGGCCACAAAAUCAGCCCCAAAGCACCGAAGCAAGUUCAGGGACUGUCUCUAAGAAUCAGACUUCGCUUUUGGGGGAACCACCGAAAGAAAUCCGGCUGAGCACCAAUCCAUACUUGAACUUGGCGAGUGUAUUGCCCGGGGUCUGUUUGCCAGCCCCAGUUGCAAGUAAAGCCAUGAGCGCUCUCCCCCAGACUGGAAUCGCAAGCAACAUACUGGACGCCAUCUCUCAGGGAACCUCAUCACAACAUGCAUUGGAAAAUUACAUUAAUUAUUCUCAGCAAUUUGGUGAUUAUUCACAGGUAUCUUCACCUUUAAGAAAUGAAAAACGAGGCUCCUCAUACCUCAUUUCUGCCCCCGAAGGGAGCUCAGUGGAAUUUGUUGACCAACAUUCUCAGGGCACAGGAGGAUAUUAUGCUGAAUCCUACUUAAAGAAGAAGCGCGUCUACUGAGGUUUCCUCCGUCGGUCUUCCCGUCUGCUCCCGCGUAGCUCAUUUCCAGGACCUCUGCUGUUCAUCGCUGCCUUAAAGUCGGCCAGACUAGCCAUCUCCUUGAAAAAAAUGGAUCACCGUUCACAGGAGGAACUUUGAGCGCUUCACAGAUGGCAGAUUUGCCAAAUGAAAAUAAGAAGCAAUAAUUAAAAAAAAAAAAAAAAAGACAUCCAUUGAGACCAUUUCCCGCUAGUAUUAGGUGCAUCCUAAAUAAUGUGUUAAACUUAUCAUAGAUUGCUAAGAUUAACAAUGUUCUUUAUUUUCUGACUGCAAAAAUCAAUUUUCCCAUAAUCAUUUUGAUACCUUCUCUAAUCAUCUAAAGCAAUAAAGAGGAAACCCUUGUUUCCUGAACCUUAGAAAAGUGAGUCUAAUGAUAGGUUGAUUUUCUUUUCUUUUAAUUUACCCUAUCAGCCAAUGUGCAUUCCCAUCCUGUUUCUGCUGCUUAGUUUUCUUUACAGGUGUAAGCUAUCAUGAUGUAGCAGGAAAAAUACUGAAUUUGGAGUCCAAGGAUGGAUUUGAGUUCUGAGUACUUCUUCAUUACUUAUUUAAGCAUACCUAAACUCCCUAGUUUUCUCAUUUAUAAAAUGAAGAGGUUGUACUCACUGCUCUUUAAGAUCCCUUUGUACUCUAAGUCUCUGAUCAUCUGAGCUUUGCCCAGAGUCAUAAAAAAGCAUGUUCUAAGCAGCAGCCGUGACCUUGUUUUGAGAAAGCUUUAUGUGCAAAAAGAAACUCCGGGCAUCCAUUUAGCUCUGCAGCACAAACCCCUUGUGGAGUCCUACAGGUAGUGUGAUUGUUUGGUAGAAGACAGUUAGCUGUUUUACUUUGAAAGUAUGAGAAUUACUUUGCAUUUUAAAAUCACUUUUUAAAAAACUGACAUGUGAAACAGUAAAAAAACAACUAAAUAGACUACAUUCGCUUUUCUUUCUCCAUUGUAAUUGUGAAAAACUCAUUUUAAUAAUGUUGUUACCACUUCUUUGAGCAUGGGUAAUUGAAUACUCUAAAGAUGAAGCUAGCUAAUUUUAAUUUGGUUUUUAAAACCAUACUUUGUGGAAAGGCUUGCGGUGGCCUUUGGUAUUCUGAAGCACCCCUGAAUUUAAAUUGGCCCGUACCUCCUGUCCCUUCAAGUCUUGAUGUUCAUUUGCCACAGACUUGUGAUUGGCAGGAUGGCCAGAGCCACUCAGCCAGCUUCCUGACAGAGAGCAGAAGCAGGAGGCCAUUCGAUCACUAGGCCCACUGUCAUUUUGGGGGCCUUCUCCUUCAUUCUUCCAAAGCAGUCAAGCAAUCAGUAUCUUUUUUUCCUGUUACCCAGUGAGAUAAAGAAGCGCUUCUGCAAACGUCAAAGCACUCUAUAAAUGCGAGUGAUUCUUAUUAUUAUUGUGGAGGACCCUCUUGUGGUACCAGUAUUUAUUACCUCUUUGGUCUUGAGGAUCAAAUGAGACAUUUGUAAAGCGCUUAGCACAGUGCCUGGCACAUAGUAGGCGCUUAAUAAAUGCUUGUUUCCCCCCUCUCCCGUGAGCUUAAAAUUUAAUUUACAAUCUUCAAUAUGAGCCCUAAUCCCUAUAGUACCUGUCACUAAACCUGAAUGAUCCAGGAAGCCCCUGCAAUCCAGAACAUUUCCAGAUGGAUGAGAUACAAAUGCAGUAAUUGAUCAAACAUCAAAGCUUGACUCUCUUAAGGAUCACAAGCUUUUGCAAAAUAGAAGUAAAGGUACCCUUGGCCAUUUGUAAGGUUUAUUAUGUUUCAGACAUGAAGAAGAUUUGCUCUAUUUGAAUUAUGUCAUAUGGUAUUGAUGCUUAAUAAUGCUUUGUGUACUCUGUAUAGAAUUUUAAUUUGCUUAGUUUCCAGCCUCUUCUUUUUGUUCUUUAAUUUGCAUCUGUUUUAAUUCCAGCAUGUAGCCAAGUGCCUUGCACACAGUAGGCACUUAAAAAUGCUUGUUGAUCGAUUUGACAUUUUGAAAAUUAAACUAAUGGGGUAGUUACAUAACUUUCUAAGAUUUUUCCCACUUGCAAAUGAUUUUAUCAAGUGAGGCUGGGACUAGAUUCAUGAUUUCACUGAUAAAGGGAACUGCCAGUGGGGAAUGGCAUAGGAGCAUCUGCUGCAGAUUAAGUAGUCUGCCUAGGAUUACCCGGCAAAGAUGGCGGGGUGGUGAUUGUGAGGGAGGCCUUGAACAUCAGGUGUCCCGACUCGGAGGCCCAUUUGCUCUCAUGCCCACCAUGCUGCCUCCCAUCUGUAGCAAUAUAAUCAUUGAUUAUUCAACAACUUGCUCAUAAUUGAGCUGUGCCCCAUGUUUUCCUUCCCCUUGUUCGUUCCCGCCUUGCAUUGAACGUCUUCAGGGAUCAGUCGCCCUUCUCAAGAUAGACAAAUGGGAAAUUGAAGAAAGAAAACUCGAAACCAGGACUGUUAACAAGCAGUUGCACAGACCAAUCAAAGUUUGGUUGUGAAGGGAUUGAAAUCCUGGCCUAAAACGAAGAGUUGGGGUUCCUGGGAAUUUUCUAUCAGGGCCAUUCCUAUUGCUUGUUACUUCUAUAAUCAAUAACUAGGCCCAUUAUUUGGGGGGGGGGAGAAAGGGGAAAAUCAUGAAAAUUCUGUAUUAUAGUUAUUUUUCUAUGUAAUCAAACUAAAAUGCUCUGUGUUCAUUUAAUUCUUAAUAUUAAAAAGACAUAUGCAUGUCAA